AUGGACGAUCAACGAGACCCUACCGCUCUCUUCUUUGGCAACGAUUCCGUAGACCUCUACGCGACUCUCACCCUCACUCAAUCUGCGUCAUUCGAAGAGAUUAAGAGGGCGUACAGGAAACUUGCUCUCAUAUAUCAUCCCGACAAACAUGCCACCAAAGGCGAAUCUGCUAAGGCAGACGCGUCACUCAAGUUCCAACAGAUAGGCUUUGCAUAUGCUGUGUUGAGCGAUACAAAAAAGCGGAAUCGGUAUGACCUGACUGGCAAGACUGAUGAGGGAUUCGACGUGGGUCUGGGAGAGGACGGAUGGGAGGCAUACUUCGAGGAGCUGUUCGACAGAGUCACAAGGGAGAAACUUGAUCAAAUGAAGAAAGAGUAUCAGGGUUCUACUGAGGAAACGGAGGACCUCAAGAAGGCAUACCUUAACACAGAUGGUUCCAUUGACGAAAUCAUGAGCCAUAUUCCUCAUUCAAGGCACGAGGAUGAGACACGAUUUAUCAUCUUGAUAUCGAGUCUUAUCACAGAAGGGGUGCUACCCACCAAGUCCGCUUGGAUAUCGAGCACCAAAGACGAGAAAAGGAAAGUCAUCCGGGAGAAGCAAGCUGAUAAGGAGGCAGAAGAAGCAGAGGAAAUGGCCCGUGAAUUGGGAGUCUGGGACGAGUUUUAUGGGAGCGGGAAACCUGGUACAUGCAAAGGAAAGGCGAAGGGAAAGGGGAAAGAGAAGAAAGACGAUGAAGAUGGGGAGGAUGAGGAGGACCAUUCCGCGCUGCAGGCACUCAUCUUGAAAAAGAAGAAAAAUGCGGACAGCUUCAUCGACAAUCUCGCUGCCAAGUACGCGGAGCCUCAGCCGAGGGGCAAGGGCAAAGGUAAACGGAAAGCUGACUUAGAGGAAGUAGAAGAUGGCGCAGAGUCUCCGAAGAAGAGGAGACGAGGCGUCGCUGUUCACCCUCCAGACAUAGAUGACAAGGAGUUUCAGAAGCUACGACAGAAGCUGUUCGGGGACAAAACGAAGUCCUUUGGAGAGGGCUCGACGAAGAGCAGAAAGGGCAGAGUACGAAAAGGAAAGUAG